CGAACGAGACUGCGCGUGAGUUGCCUCUUUGCUUAAAAAUGGCGGGGGGCGUAAUGCACAGCUUUGGGAAGUGGUUCUGGAACGAAGAUGUUUGGUUACCUCCAAACACAACUUGGGCCGAUAUUAAGAAGACAGAUAAAGUGAAGUAUGCUCAAUUUGACGACCUAUAUUAUGGCUUCGUUGUGGCAUUGGUGCUUCUCGUCAUCCGGUAUACACUUGAAAGGUUGUUGUUCUGCCCCCUGGGUGCAUACCUUGGCUUAAGGGUCCGUGGCGCAAAGAGGGCCCCCGACAACCAUGUGCUCGAGAAAGCCUUCCUGUCCAAUGGAAAGAUGGGAUACAAACAGGUUCAGGGCUUGGCUAAACAGUUGGAGUGGACGGAACGGAAGGUGCAGCGCUGGAUCCGGCAGCGGGUACUGCAGGAACGGCCUUCGACGCUGACAAAAUUUACAGAAAGCACGUGGAGGUUCACUUUCUACUUCUGUGUCUUCUGCUAUGGCUUGUACGCCCUCUCGGAUAAACCCUGGUUGUGGGAUACCAUGCACUGCUGGUACGACUACCCCCACCAUAGCGUUACUAACGACAUUUGGUGGUAUUACAUGAUUGAGCUUGGCUUUUACUGGUCGCUGACCUUCUCACAGUUUCUGGACACAAAACGAAAGGACUUCUGGCAAAUGUUUGUACACCACAUUUUGACAAUUUUACUCCUUUCCUUCUCUUGGGCGUGCAACUUGCAUCGUAUUGGCUCCUUAGUACUCAUCGUUCAUGACUUUGCAGACGUACCCCUGGAGGCAGCCAAGAUGGCAAAGUAUGUGAAGAGACAGCGCUUGGCCGAUGUUACUUUUGCAAUUUUCACCAUAUGCUGGAUCAUCUCUAGGCUGGGGCUUUACCCCUAUAGGGUCAUCUACAGCACAUUGUUUGAAGCGGUGAAGGUGAUAGAAAUGUUUGCAGCCUACUACAUCUUCAACUCUCUCCUAACUGCACUGCAAGUGCUGCACAUUGUCUGGACGUGGAUGAUAGCGCGGAUAGCACUGCAAGCAAUAUCCACCAAUGGGGUGAAAGACCUUCGUAGUGAUGAUGACUCUAGUAGCGAAGUGGAAGUGUCGUCCGCCAACAACCAAGCAUCGGGAGAUUUCAGGAAAAGCAAAAGCCGUAAAGCAGACUAAAAGUCGCUCCCCCCGCAAUCGUUCAGCAACACUCUGGUGGAACAGGAUGGUUUUUGCAGCUUUCUUUUUCUAAUACGGACAACUGGGACACUUAAAAAGGAGGACGAGCAACUCUGCAGAUAUGUCCAGGAAUGACGUAACUGUGACAGUGUAUAUCGCGUGUAUUUCUGAGGUUCAUCUGGCAACGGCGUCUCUUAUAUGCAUGUACCAAGUACGUUUUUCUCGAGUUGGGUGUCACUUGAGGUUCCGCACAGGAAAUCAAUUUUUGGUGCGAAUUCUGAGAAAUUUACUGGUCACCGCGUCAUUUGGUGUUUGUUUGGACUCUUAGCUGCAAACUGUGCACAAUUUUUCUUUUCUUUUCUUUUUUUUUUUUUUUUCUGUGCAUAUGGAGUCUGUGCAGGUGUUGUAUAAUUUAUUUUUGUACUGCAUGAUUUGAGUUUGAUGUA